UACCACCAAUCGGACGAGACAAUAAGAUUUGGUGAUGAUGCUCCACCAGGUGCGCCGGUGGCUGCCACGCGCGCUGCGGCCGCGGCUCUUGGCCUCGACGGCCCAUGCGUGGCUUCGCGACCCAGCGAGCAAGAAGCUAGCAGACUUCGUCAAGGCAGAAGAGGCAAUCUGGAAGAAGGCGAGCCAGCCCCACCGCAAGUUCCAGCGCGCGCUGUACCUCGAGAUGCGCGGACGGCUCAACUUGGACGAGAUGGAGCACUCGAUCCCUGAGCAGAUUGGCACCUUUGCGUACUAUCUCAAGCACCUCCCGCGGUCCAACUACCCGAUCUACUGCCGGCAGCACCUCGGGACGUGCGUUGAGGAGGUGCUUCUGGAUCCGAACGUCCUCGACUGCGGUCAAGUCACCGUCUUCAAAGUCUCGCCGGAUGGCAAGCACCUCGCGUACACGGCCGAUCGCGACGGAAACGAGCAGUUUGAGGCGUUCGUCAAGAACCUAACGACGCGCCAAACGCGGCGCGUGCACGGCAACGUGCGCAGCAUCGAAUGGGGCACAGCCGACUGCUUGUACUACACGGUGCCCGACGCCUUCUACCGCCCGCACCACGUCUACCGCCACGCCCUCUCGGCAACUUCCGAGGACGAGCUGAUCUAUGUCGAGAACGACCCGAGCGUCUACUUGGACGUCGUGCUCACAAAAGAUCAAAAGUUCGUUCUGAUCAACGCCAACUCGAAGCAGUCGUCCGAGGUCCACGCGCUCGAUGCGUCCGACUUGCGCGCCCAACCGGUUACGCUGCGCAAACGCCAGGACCACACACACUACUUUGCCGACCACUCGGACGGCGCCUUUUACAUUGUCACCAACGCCGACAACGCUGCCAACUACAAGAUCGUGCGACUCGACGACACGGCGAUCGGAACUGACCAUUCGUGGGUUGACGUGCUUCCCGACCUCCCAGGGGUCAAAAUCGAUGACAUGGACCUCUUUGCAGAGUACCUCGUGCUCUACGAGCGCUGCGACGGCCUACCGCGCGUUCGCAUUUGUCCGCUCGCCGAGCCAGACGCGUACCACAUCGUACCUCUGCCAAAAGAGCACGCCGUCUGCUCGCUCCUGGCUGGCAUCAACCGCGACUUCCACGCGUCCAGUGUCCGGUUCUCCCUCUCGACGCCGCUCGUGCCCGAGAUCGUCUACCACUACGACAUGGCUUCCCGCCAACUCAAUGCGCUCAAGGAGACGCACGCACCGUUUGAGCGCCAAGCGUUUGUCUGCCGACGCGUGCUCGUCGACCAAAGUGACGGCCCGUCCGUCCCGAUGACGCUCGUGCAUCACAAAGAUGUGGUGUACGACGGCAGCAACCCAACGCUGCUCGUGGGCUACGGCGCGUAUGGCGCCAACCUCGAGCUCGGGUACGAAGUAGAGCACCUGAGCUUGCUCGAGCGCAAGUGGGUCCUCGCCUUCGCCCACGUCCGUGGCGGCGGCGAGCUCGGUCUCCAGUGGCACGCGAACGGCCGCCAACUCGCCAAAAAAAACACGUUUAUCGACUACCACGCGUGCGCAACGUACUUGCUGACGCAUCAGAUCACCACGUCGGCCAAGCUCGCGGGGAAGGGCACGUCGGCGGGCGGUCUCAUCAUGGGGUACAUGGCGAACGAGCACCCCGACCUCUUUCGCGCGCUCGUACUCAACGUGCCGUUUGUGGACAUCCUCGACACAAUGCUGGACGAGUCGCUACCGUUAACGAUCCACGAGUACGACGAGUGGGGGUGCCCGAAGGAUCAAGCCGUGAGAGACUACAUGCGCUCGUACUCACCGACCGCCAACGUCAAGCGGGAGACGACGUAUCCGCGCAUGCUUUUGACGUCUGCGAUGAACGACAUGCGCGUGCAGUACUGGGAGCCCAUGAAGCUCGUGCACACGAUCCGAUCCAAGAACACGGCGACGCCGGUGGACCACAUCUGGCUCCGCGUGAGCGAAGACGGCGGCCACUUCGGCGGCGGUGGGCGGCUCGACCAGCUUCAGUCGGCGGCGUUUGAGCAGGUCUUUCUGCACGCAGCGCUCGGGUUGCUACCCGACGUCACCGACGUCGACGCCAAGAAGACGAAGAAGAAGAAGAAGAAGGGCGUGUAGCAUUGUAUUAGAUUACGGUAUGCAACGGAAAGUAGGUAGUGUGCGGCGAGUCGCC